GCCGGCUACCCUUCUUUUCCACCCGAACCCUUCCCUUCUUCCCCCUUCUCCUUCUUCUCUCCUUCCUUCCCCUUUCUCUGGGGUUGCUAGUGAGAGAGCUCUGCAGCCGUUUAAGGGAAAGCUGAUCCCUUGAAUGCCCACCCUGCUAAUUGACUCCUGUGUGCAGACGGAGGGGCAGGAGAGGUAAGAAAAGAGAAGUCUAAAGAAGAGGCAGCUGUUUGGUUUACUAGACCUUUCCAGGGGAGCAGCUGAAUCCGCCAGCGAGCAGCCAUCCCCUUGCUGGCCCUUCUGGGGGAAGACCGGGCAACGGGCAAAAGGAACUGAAUCGGGCGCAGGAAGAGAAGGCAACGGGGCCUGGGCUCUCUGCUAGCUCUCCUUUGAACUCUAACACCCCCAAGGCCGAGAGGCAGCCCGGAUGGAGAGCAGAGGCCUCAUCAGUUUUCUCCCAACAAGCUCCAGAACUGGGCAAACUCUGCACUUGGGAGCGUCUUGAAAGCCACCAAGGGCUGCCCCGUUUUUUUGUGCUGAGCAGGAUGGCAGCACAGGCGAGGAAGACCCCUCACUAGCCCUAGGGGCAUCUCUCCCCCCCACCCCGGUGAGGAUGCGGGGUCUUCAGCCUGGAAGGAUGUAAAAGUACAAAGGUCCAAAUUUUCUUGCCUGGUUUCAGGAGAAGGCGGGAGUUCUACAUUCUGGUAGACGGUCAAAGUGCCCAGAUCAAUCCAGAAUUUCUGCACCAUCCAAAUAUCUCUGGUGGGCUCCCAUAAUUUCAUGAGAGUGAAUCGCGUGGAAAAUUUGAGGUGGAUUCCAAAGCCCAUCCUGCCUAUCCUCCUGUAGGGAUUAUCCAAAGCCCUUCCCUUCCCUUCUCCUCUCUCUUCACCCCACAACCAGGCUGCCCCUUGGUCUUCUCAGCCACUAUGCUCAAUUCAGACCAGACCGAGAUUGACCUCCAACCCACCCAUUCGGAGACGGAGUCGGUCUUCAGCGAUUGUGGGGGUGGCCGGGGUGGACCUGUAGAAGACACCGGGUCCCUCAGUCUGUGUGGCCAAUCCCGGGGGGCCGAGUCCAGUGAUCACAUGAAGAAGGACCUUCAGCACCUCAGCCGUGAGGAACGACGGCGUCGGCGGCGAGCCACGGCUAAGUAUCGGACGGCCCACGCCACGCGAGAGAGGAUCCGCGUUGAGGCCUUCAACAUGGCCUUUGCCGAACUCCGGAAGCUCUUGCCCACCCUCCCUCCAGAUAAGAAGCUGUCCAAAAUUGAGAUUUUGCGGCUGGCUAUCUGCUACAUCUCGUAUCUGAACCACGUCCUGGAUGUCUGAGUCUCAGGCACCUUGGGGAUUAGGCUUGCCUGUGUGACCCACAUCGUCAAAAGUAAAUCAUGAAUGCUCUCUCUGGAUUUUGGUCUACAGAACAACCUUCUAGGAGAACCCACUUCUGGCUCUCUCUCUCCCAUCAUUUCUGCCUUCCCGUUCCAGCUACUAAAUGGAGCUUCUCAUAAGUGCUGGAGUGAUCCUAACUCAAUGGACCUUCUCCACCUUCCGCUUGAGAAGAAGCUGCCCAGAAUUCUCCAGUUCCACCAUGAACUUAAAGGAGACAAGGACUUUGGUUUCCUUUCGCCCCAGAAAUCUGUAAUCAAGGCCCUCACAUUGUCAUUCCCUCAAGAUGCUGGGUUGCGAAGCAUCUCCUGAUGGGUUCUACACAUUUGGAGUUUUGAUUGCUCUCCAUCUCCAGUGUGUUGAAACGCAGCCUAAACAACCUUCUGUCAUUGUGUGCAUAUCUUUAAUACUUGAACAUAAUAAUGUGGAAAUUAGCAAGUGGGGGAAAAAAUCCAGAAAUUUAAAGAGAAGCUUCCUGUAUCUCUGAGAUCAACAUUAUCCAACCUUGCUCACUUGAAGAUCGGUGGACUUCAACUCCCAGAGUUGAAGUCUUCAAUUCUCUCUUCAAUUCUGGGAGUUGAAGUCCACCCAUCUUUAAGUGAGCAGGGUUGGGAAAGUGUCCCUAGAUGGUGGAUUUAGUUAUAGCGUUAAAAAUGGGUUACUUGGGGGUCAAAGAAACCAACACAGACAAAGCAGAAGAACCCUCUGACUUUAUUCUUGCAGAUCUUCUAAUCACGGCACAAAUCUCCCUGUGCAAGAUGUUGGUUUUGAAGUUGCCACAAGGGCCUUUGGCCUUUUUAACAACACAACACAUAUGCACACAAACACACUUACUAGUGCUGCCUCAAUCUGAGGUGACCCCUUUGCUCGUUUAGGGCAGGUGGCCUGUGGUGGGUGGUGGUGGUGGAGAAUGGGAGAGGCUUUCCCAGCCCUUAAGAGGCUGAGGGCCUUCUGUCUGCAAGUCCAGGUAGUCCUUGACUUAUGACCAUUCACUUAGCAGCUGUUUGAGUUUAUUGAAAUAUAGUGGUUUAUGAUUGGUCCUUGCACUUACGACCAUCAGAGGAUUUUCCCUACAGUCAUGUGACCAAGCUCUGGGCGCAUGUAUUUAUGAUGGCUGCAGCAUCCUGGGGUCACAUGACCUUCCCAACAGGCUUCCAACAGGCUUUUCAAUAGGGGAUUCACUUAAUGACCUCAUAAUCCACUUAACAACUGCAGUGAGUUGCUAAAAAAGAACGGUUGUAAAAUCAGGUGUAACUCACUUGUGGCGCCACUGUCUUGUUUAACAAUGGAAACUCUGGCUGCAAUUGUGGUUGUAAGUCGAAGACUAUGAGUGGCGGUUGGGGAGCUCCUCCUUAAGUUACAGGUUUCUCUCAAGAGAUUGGAGGUAGGGUUGGGACUAAGAAAGGAAUGAAGCUUGGAUGAGAAUUAACUCUGAUUUGGUUUCAUUUAAACUUAAUUUCUGUUCAAGUAACUAAUUUCAGGCAAGGCGCUUCCAUCAUUGGUUGCAUUAUUCGUGGUAGUUCAGGAGCCACAAGGGGGCUGGGGGUGCCCCAAUUCCCACACUGAGGCCCACCCGAGAGACUGCACCCCGAUCCUACAGCCCCCCCCCAAACACCCUGGCCUUCAUCCCACCGCUGAAAUCAUGGCAGUCCCACCGCAAAGCCGAAUUCGUCGUCGUUUCUAGCUGCACAAUGGAGCCCACCUUCUUGACAUCAAGACCCACCCUCUAUUGAUGUAUUUAUUUGAUGUAUUUAUUUUUUUUCAAGAUGUUAUUUAUUUACAGUGUUGAUGCACUUUGGUUUGGGGAAGAAGGUUUCAGGAGGGUGGGAAAAAGAAAGGAAAACAUGCCCUUCUGUAUGUGUGCAUUUUCGUGUACGUCUCUUGUUCGGUGAGUGCAGAGCAGAUUCGAUCGCUAUUUAUUAUUUAUUUUGUAAGCCGGACUGGCAAAAUAUUAAACUCUUCCAUGCA